GACCGAGACGAGCGCCAUAGAGAAGGCCGGGAUCGUGAGCAUCGCCAUCGCCAUCGACACCGUAGCCGAAGCCGAGAUCGACAUGGAGAGCGAGGGAAUCGGGAUGGGGAUGACAAGCUCGAGCCACGAUCGCGCAGGGAUCACCGAGGCCACAGGAGCAAGAGCCGGAGCCCGGACAGAGAUCGUCACAGGCGACACAGGCGUCAUGGGAGGUCUCGCAGCAGGACUCCGAAUCGAGAGUACCGAAGACGGAGUAGGGAUAGAGACGGGAAAGGGAGGCGGGAUGAACAUCGCCACGGAUCUCCAGACAGGCGCAGUAGCUUGAGCCCUGAGAACCGCCAUCGGCGCAGAGAAAGUCCCUGAACGAAGAAGAGCAUGGCCUUUAGCAACGGGUCACGAAUACCCGUGCUACAUUAAAUCUUCUACUGGAGAAGGAUGCUCACCGUGUGCACUACCAAAUAACGAGUACUCGAGUUCUGCCAAUCGAGAUCU